AGCGUUAUGGCGGCGUAAACAAGGCGCUUGAUAGAGACGAAAGAUUAUCAAAAGUAAAACUUAUCAAAAACAGCAGCAGCUUUACGAGUAGUGACCACCACAUAAAAGGGCUUAAAAAUUCAUGUGCAGACUGUUAAAACUCAUCUGUUUCGUGGUGUUGGUUAUCUGCUAAUAUCGGCUAAUUUCUAGCCGCUAAUUUGUCGCAAAAGUAGCUAGUUCUCAGACAUGGACUGUGUCGUGACGGGAGGAAACGUGAAAGUUUUGGCCAAAGCCAUCCAGUCCCUGUCCCGGGUCGGUGAUGAGCUGUAUGUGGAGCCUGAGGCGGACGGGCUGGCCCUGCGGUCUGUGAACUCCUCUCGGUCGGCCUAUGCGUGCUUCCUGUUCUCUCCUCUCUUCUUCAGCAGGUACACCAUUCCCACAGGACACUCCUUCCGCUGCAAGAUGGCUAUAAAGAGUGUUCAAGCAGUGUUCAGGUCUCUUGCAACUUUAGAGAAGACGGUGGAAAAGUGUCACAUCAAGCUGGAUCAGCAGAAGAGCCGCCUCACCUUCACACUGCACUGCAAACAUGGCCUGUUGAAGACACAUAACCUGUCUUUCCAGGACAGUGAAAGCUUACAAGCAGUGUUUGAUAAGGACAGCUGUGCCAAUGUGUUCAGAGCUCAGCCCAGAUUGUUGUCGGACACCGUCAUACAUUUCCCUGUGUCUCUUGAAGAAGUGACUGUGUCAGUGAGUGAUGAACGGAUGUGGUUCAGGAACCAUGUGGAAGAAGAAGCAGAGUCGUCCAGAGCCAUGCUGACGGAGCUGUGUCUGGCGUCAGAUGAGUUCGAUCAUUUUGCUGUCCAAGCUCACAACAGCAUCACUUUUUGUCUAAAGGAACUGAGGGGUUUGUUGGUGUUUGCAGAGUCCACUGGUCUCCCUAUUUCUAUGUACUUUGAUGAGCCGGGCAGUCCAAUUAUCCUUUCAGUAACAGACAAUGUCCUGGAGGGGAAUUUUGUGCUGGCUACGCUUUCUGAUGAUCCCAGCCUCCAAAAACACAACACAAAACGAGCAUGUUCACCGCCGCCACCCCCUCUUGAUGACUUCAUGAAUGACGACAUGGACUCCUACCUCAUUGCCAUGGAUACCAGUAUUGCACCAGGUCCAUCAGCUACAGAUCCGCCCACACCCCCAUUAGCUAAUUCCACAUGUUCAAAACAGCCUGAUGCAGCCAAUCACAGGACAAGGCGACACAGUGAAGAGGAAGAGGAGGAAAAUGAAGAUGAUGACAAAAUCAGACCGCCUAAUAAAAAGUUUCGUUCCCUGUUCUUCGGAUCAGUGCUUCCCCCAUCAUCUCAGAUGUCCACUCAGCCCGUGCCCACUCAGGAAGUGUUGGCCAGUGACAGCGAAGAUGAGUCUCAAACAAACUGAUGAAUGAAAGGACAGAGUUGAACUGAUGACAGUGAGUGCACACCCGUGUGCAUGCACUAUUUUCACAUCAUGGAGUACAAGGAUUACAGGAAAUGGACACCUUCUUUGGCCUUUUCGAGCGCUGUAAUUUAUUUUACGUGGACGGAGGUGAUCUCCAGUACAGAAUGAGAGGAGAUCUAGAGGGAAGUUAGUGUGUUACAGCUUUUUAUUUGACUAUAAUGCUAAUGAUGGAGAUGAAAGUGUGAAAUUAUGGGAGACUACACAUGAAGCACUUAUGUUUCUUGUUGCUCAUUGUUUAGAUUUACGGUUUGGUUAGUGAUCAACAUGCAAAAAAAACCCAAAAUUCCUCCAAAUAAAACCAAUAUUUGUCAAAUGA